GUCCUCCGCCCACUUGCUGAUGAUAGCGGGUCAUGCGGCCUCGACUGUUUUGAUCCACACAGCUUGGGACAGGCGGGGCAGAGAUGGCGGAGUACUGGGAGUCUAGGUAACUCCUGUGAGAAAAACCCCGAACUACUGAGGCAAAAAACCCGUUUCACAAGCUGCUACAGGGGAAAUUUAGCGGUGAAGCUGGCGGCCUUGUACGGACCUCUAUUCCGCCCGGAGGACAUGGAGAUCAGGGUGGAGGGCGAGGCGGAGGAGCGCAGGCGGGAGCACUGGAAGCUGUUGUCCAGCCUGAAGACCACGGUGGAGGGCCUCGUGUCCACAAACAACCCUAAUGUGUGGUCACGCUAUGGCGGACUACAGCGGCUGCACAAGGACAUGAACAACAUCCUCAGCCAUGGACUGAAGAAUGAGCAGGUGUACUACAAGCAGAGAGACUACUGGCCAUUUGUCUGGUGUGUUCGUUACAUCAGCCCUCACCUCGCUUCACAUGUUGAACAGUUCAGUCAUCUGGAGCCGGUACUGAGCAGCGGGAUGCAGAGUGCCGGUGAAAGCUACAAGGCAGAGCGCUGGCUGCUUCACAGCUUACAGGUUCACAUGCUGUCGGCUCAGCUCAGACCUCUGCUCAGACAUCUGGGACAUACAAGAAAAUACUAUAAUGAUGAUUCCUUUCUGUUGAGCGAGCCUCAUGUCACUGCCAUGUUCCAGUGUCUGGAAGCUGUGGAGCAAAAUAAUCCUAAACUGCUGGCCCAAGUAGACACUGUAGGGUUGUCCCCACUGAAGGGACCGCCAUGUCUCGGCCUGUUGAAGAGCCAGAGCCUGUGCGUGCUGCCAGGGGCCGGCGGGGCCUGGAGGAACGCUGACUCAGCUCUCAGAGGAGAGUCUCUAAACCGCAGACUCACCACCUCCAACUGCUCCCUCCGAGAGGCAGUUGCCACCAGCCACAACUGCGGGAACACAACAGGGGUUGAACCCCAAAACAGCAACAGCACAAAAACUACCUCUCCUGCCAGCAGCCUGGGAGCUCCCUGGGUGUGUGUGUCUACGCCGGGGGAGAGCGAGCGGGGCGUGACACCCCCUCCUGGACCAGUGUCAGUCCCUUGCAUCUCCCUAAUAGAGUCGCCUUCGCCCUCUUCCUCCGUACAGCCUGAGACGGGGGACUCCGGUGAUGGUGACUACGACGAUGGUCCAGAGUACCUGGCUAUUGGUAACCUGGGGCAACGCAGUCGCCACGAUUCCCGAAGCUCCACACACAGCAGUGAGCAGGGUGACAUCAAGGACCAGCCCAUGCAACAAAGUCCCCUGGCUCCACCCCCACCUAGAUGCUCAUCUUUUUCAGAGGGCCAGAAGGGGCCGGUCCGAGGGUCCCGAGGACACACCCGCUCAUUUUCUGACACAGGGGUCAAUCUGAAACUCAGGAAUGAAUCAGCUGGUGAUAACUGCUGUAUUAAGGACUACAGCCCUUUCUCACCUCAGCGCAGCAAUGUCAGCACAACCAGUUCCCUCUACAUGGAGUCUAAUGGGUCCCAGUACAGCAGUGUUCCAGAUGGGAUGUUCAGGAAACCAUCAGAGGGCCAGAGCCUCAUCAGCUACCUGUCAGAGCAGGACUUUGGCAGCUGUGCUGACCUAGAAAAGGAGAACGCUCAUUUCAGCAUUUCAGAAUCCCUUAUUGCUGCCAUUGAGCUGAUGAAGUACAACCUGCGGCGUCAGGAGGAGGAGGGCGAGGAGGAGGGAGACAGCGACUGUGAGAUUCAACAGCUCAAGCAGAAGAUCCGUCUGCGGAGGCAGCAGAUCCGCCGCAACCGUCUGCCACCUUGCACAACCUCCCAGCACAUUUUCCACUCCACUGAUAGCGGUGGCUCCAGGAGGAGCUCUCAGGACUCCUACCAGGGCCUGUCUGACUCUGGCUCAGCUGAGGAGGUGGAGGAGUGCGAGCUACGAGAUGGCUGCGAGGGUCAGUCCCUGCUGGCGGUGUCACAGAACGGCCUCUCACUGUCACUCGCCUCCCUCUUCUCAGAUGCAGACAUUAAGCGCAGUGUGAGCUCCAGCAGUAGGUCUUUUCUCAGCUCAGAGUCCAUCUCUCCCUCCUUCCUCCAGUCCAACUCUGCUGAGUCAGUCGCCAUGGGUUUGCUCAGGCAGUUUGAGGGCAUGCAGCUACCUGCUGCCUCAGAGCUCGACUGGCUGGUCCCAGAACACGAUGCUCCGCAGAAGCUGCUGCCCAUUCCUGACUCUCUGCCGAUCUCACCUGAUGACGGCGAACACGCAGACAUUUACAAGCUGAGGAUUCGGGUCCGAGGCAAUCUGGAGUGGGCGCCGCCCCGACCACAGAUCAUCUUCAACAUUCAGCCUGCCCACAAGAGGAAGAUAGUUGUGGCGAAACAGAACUACCGCUGCGCUGGCUGUGGCACCCGCAUCGACCCAGAUUAUAUUAAGCGACUGCGUUACUGUGAAUACCUCGGCCGUUACUUCUGCCAGUGCUGCCAUGAGAACGCCCAGGCGGUGGUUCCCGGCAGAGUGCUGAUGAAGUGGGACUUUAGCAAGUACUACGUCAGCAACUUUGCCCGGGACCUGCUGAGCAAGAUUGCUGGAGACCCACUGUUCAACCCCAAUGACAUCAACAGUGGCCUAUACAAGAAGUUUAAAGCUCUGGAGGCUGUCAGGGUUUUGAGGAUGCAGCUGUUUCAUAUGAAAAAUCUCUUCAAGACCUGUCGCUUUGCUAAAGAGGCUCUGGACCAGUUCGACAGCCUACCAGGUCACCUGACUGAGGACCUUCACUUGUUCUCCCUCAAUGACCUCACUUCUGUGCGCAACGGGGAACUGGCUCCCCGAUUGAAGGAGUUGCUUAAACUUGGUACCAUGCACGUAGCUGGCUGUGUGCUGUGCCAGGCAAAGGGCUUUGUGUGUGAGUUCUGCGGCAACGACAAAGACAUCAUCUUCCCCUUUCAGCUGAGCAAGUGCCAGCGCUGCGAAGAGUGCCAUGCGUGUUACCACCGCAGCUGCUUCCGGGCAGGUAAGAACUGUCCUAGAUGUCAGCGGCUGGCAGAGCGGAGAGAGAGGAUGGCGCGCAGAAACAUGGAGGAACAAGAGGACGAGGGAGGUGGGACCUAGUACUGGGAAAAGAGGAAACUCAGAGAAAAGAAAGAAGAGCACAAACGCGACCAUGAUUGUAGUGACUGACCACAUCUCCUCCUCUUGUUUUAGUCCUCCCACACCUGGGUGACAGUACUCAGACCUUAUUGUCUUAUGUGCUGGUUUUAUUCCAUCAGGGCAGUUGUGUUCAUUCAGGAACAUGACUGCUGCUGAUUUCAGAUGUAUUUUCUAUAAACCCCUUUUCACACAUGCACUUUACUGUGGCGAAUGUGUUUGGUCUGAGGAGGUGGACUCCUGUUUCCAUAAAGAUCAAGAGACUGAUGGGAAAAGUACUCAAGCUCCCUGCAGUGAGGUGAUUUUUAAAUUUGUUUUCCCUCAAACGAAAGUAACUUCAAAAAUGUUUUCACAUGUAAUCCUUCUAAAUGACAUGAUAAUUAAAUCCCUCUAUGUGAUGAGAAACAUUGGAAAUCAAAAAUUAAGUCAAAUAUUAAACACUGUUGACGUCGAAGCUGAGGCUUCGAUCCUGCAAAGUGGAUGACGAAACAUGUUGUCUUGAGAGGAUAUUUGCUGUCUUGUAGUUCCAUGUGUGAAAAGGGCCAAAGAUUGUAUACAUUUCUCAGCACUUUGUAUAAUGUCCUCUGUGGUAAUACUAACCCAUGUGACAACAACAACAAAAACAAGCAUUAACCCAGAUUAUUGUACCCGGUUUGAAAUGUCUCCUUCCUACAUUUGCAGCUUCUGGCAACUGCUUUGACUCUGGUGAUUUUACUAGCUACUGGCUUAGCUUUGUUUUUGUGAGUUAAAGAGGCAGGAUAUGUUUUAAAAAAAAUAGAAUAUAAAGUCAAAUUUUCGACCUAUUUUAUGGUUUGAUUUUCAGUGCAGAUUCUGUAUUUGAGCAAUCCUGCCCUUUAUGUAGAUUUUUUUUUAAAAAUAUAUGAAAACAUUGAAGAUAUUUAACUAAUCUUUUCUUAUCCCCACUCCCUACUGCUCUGUUUUAAGCUGUUUUAGCUACGCUAAUGUGCCUCUGUGACCAAUGAACUUUGGCUGGCAGAGCUAGUGGAGUUACAUUGGAAAGUUGAAUUUAGAGACGGCCAGACUUCAGAAGGACGUUACAGAGUCAGUGUCAGUGUUGCAAACAUUUUAAAUAAGACUGCAAAUGCUCAGUUUUUGUGCUGCUUUGUGUGUGUGUGUGUGCGCACGUGUGUGCGUGUGUGUGUGUAUGUUUGAUUACUAGAAAGAGCUGUGUGAAUAAGAGUGCUCGUACGUGCACACGUGUCUACCUGCUGUAUUUGCGACCAUGCACAAAUGGUUUGUACCAGCCUAAUAAGCACUUGCCUGUUUUCUAACGUCGUAGGUUUUGGAUUAACAAAGAGAGUCCGGAUAAUUGCACUGAUCCUGUCUGUUGUUGUUGAAGGGGCGAGUUAGGGCGUCACUGUUUGGGGAUUUUUCUGGUGUUUCUUUAAGGAAGCUCCUGUCACCUAGUUGUAUGAAGGGUUUCAGCCCAAAAAAUAAAUCCAAGUUGUGGAAAAAGAAAUGUGCGACCCACUAAAGAAAUCAAAUUUAUCAGAAAUAACAUUUUUGUCUCAUAUGUUUGUCCCAAACACAAUUUUAUGUGCAUCAUCCUUUUUAAUAGAUUAGGCGGUAAAGUACAUACAUUCCUCAACUAUGAACAAGCUUCUCUUCAUAUGUACCAACCCUCAUGAGAUGAACGCACUCUCAUGAGACACUACUUGAAGCAUGUGAUCUUUAAGUCCCUAAACCCUCUGCUCACAUGCAUUAAAGAGAUGAACUGUACCCUGGUCUUUUAACCCGACUGCUUUUAAGAGAAACUCUGAAUGAAGUGACCGCCCAACUCUGAAAAGCCUCCUCAGCUCAGCAGACUGUUUGUUUGUCUUUGGACUGCCUUUAACAUAGAGAGAUGAGGAGAUUUCAAGUGCACUACAGAUUAAAUUGUCUAUUAUUCAAAUGGUAAUUAUUGUUAUGAUUAUUAUUUGUGUUAAUUUGCCUUUGUUUCUAAUUAUAUUGACAAUAAAAGACUGGCCAGACUGUUAA